CGGGACGACGUGCGGCGCGGAUUGUGACGUUGACGCGCGGCGUGCUCAGUGCGCAGGCGCCCCGAGAGGAGACUAGAGGGUUUCCGGUUCCGCUGCCCUCUUUCUCUUCAACGAGGCGGCCGAGCAGCAGACGCCAACAUGCAGAUCUUCGUGAAGACCCUGACGGGCAAGACCAUCACUCUCGAGGUCGAGCCCAGUGACACCAUCGAGAAUGUCAAGGCCAAGAUCCAAGACAAGGAAGGCAUCCCACCUGACCAGCAGAGGCUGAUAUUCGCUGGCAAACAGCUGGAGGAUGGCCGCACCCUGUCCGACUACAACAUCCAGAAAGAGUCCACCUUGCACCUGGUGCUGCGUCUGCGCGGUGGCAUCAUCGAGCCAUCCCUUCGUCAGCUUGCCCAGAAGUACAACUGUGACAAGAUGAUCUGCCGCAAGUGCUACGCACGCCUGCACCCUCGUGCAGUCAACUGCCGCAAGAAGAAGUGCGGCCAUACCAACAACCUGCGCCCCAAGAAGAAGGUCAAAUAAAGCUGGGGCCAUACCUGGCCUGUGACCCCGGGACCAAAUAAAGUCCCCUUCCAUCGACUGGAGCAGUAA